AUGUUCUGUUCAAAGGCGAAUUUCAAAAUUGAAGAAGUGGUUCCAAAGCAUAAAUUUGAUGAUGUAUAUUUAGAAGAUUUCAAACAGCAUGAUCUAAAGACCAAAAUAAAAAAUGUUUUCGUUUUUGUGACGGUAGUUUGGAUAAUAGUAAUUCAUGUGGCAGAUGUAUGGAUAGCAACCUUGUUAAUGUUUGAUAGUAAGGUUGCUUCAACUCAACCAAAAGUUUCUUUGAAUGUAUCAAAAUUGAUUUAUGGUGGAUGCCUUGCUACAUCACAUUUAUUAUUGACUUUGGAUUGGAAAAAGUCAAAAGCUAUCAUUGAUUCAAACGAUAUCGGUUACGCUUUUACUAAUCCUAUCGCUUUUAGAUAUCAUUCUUUAAAGAGUUAUCUUCAUCAUUGUUUCUUUUGUAACAUCAGUAAGAAAAAUGCUUUGGUCGAUGACGUCACGUUCUUUGUAUUCUCCGCUUUGAAAGGUUGGAGAAGACUCAUCAUAUUUGAAGCUCCUCGUCAAAUAGUUAAUGCGAUCACUCUUUUUAGCAUAGCUAAUUCAAAUGUGUCAUUUGGUAAUAAUAUAACUGAAAGACUUUCAAUUGCAUUAAUGACAAUGACAUUUUUAAAUUUUUUUACGAGAGCCUCAUUUUUGGCUGUUGCUUUCAUGUUAUAUAUGCUUUUGACAUUACGUAUAAAUGAAAAUUUAAGAGAAUAUUUUUAUCAUAAAGUUGAUCAAAAGAUUGAUGAACUUCUUGAAGGGCAACAUCAUAAACAUGAAUUAAAACAACAAAAGAUCUCACAAGUUGUAAAGGAGAAUAAUAUCUUUCGUUUAAGGGAAGCUUUAAAGGAAGAUCUUUCAAUAAUUCAUCCUAUGAUUUCUAAAAAGCAUUCUUCGUAUGUUGACGAAGAUGAUUCUGAUGUUAAAGAAUAUGCUCCUCCGGUUAUUAACAUAACGUUCUCUGAAGGAGAUGGUGCUCUUGAGUCAAGAUCUCCUCCUAUAAAUUUCGACAGGCUUAGCAACAGUUCAAGUCCUCAAUCUCAGCCAUUUCCCGUUCGUACAAGUACAAGUAGUAAAAUGAAAAAACCAAACAGUUCAAGUCCUUAUUAUUCUCCAUAUCCCCUUAAUCCAACUCCAAGAACUUCAUACAGUUCACGUUCACACAAUUCAAGCCUUAGUUCACCACCUUCACAAAUAAAUUCAUCCGGACCUUUAUACGAUUAUAAUAUAGAUGAAGAUACCUACGUUGAUCGAUGGUAA